AUGCGAGGAAGGAGUUACAGUCCAUCGCCCCCAAGGAGCCACAGUAGGAGGAGGAGGAGUCCAAGUCCUAGGGGACGAUAUGGUGGUCGCGGAAGUGCAAGAGAUGAGCCUACUAGUCUUCUAGUUAGGAACCUUCGCCAUGAUUGCAGGCCAGAAGAUCUUCGCAGGCCCUUUGAACAGUUUGGUCCUUUGAAGGAUAUUUAUCUGCCCAAAGAUUAUUAUACUGGUGAACCUCGUGGUUUUGGGUUUGUCCAAUAUGUUGAUCCUCGUGAUGCUACUGAGGCCAAACAUCAAAUGGAUGGUCGAGUUCUUCAGGGUCGGGAGUUAACAGUUGUGUUUGCGGAGGAGAACAGGAAGAAGCCUACUGAAAUGAGGACAAGGGAGCGAGGGAGCAGUAGAGGCGGAGGAGGAGGAGGUCGAAUGCGUGACAGGAGGAUGUCCCCACCUCGUUAUUCCCGCUCUCCCCGCUAUUCUCGUUCACCACCUCCACGCGGGCGGGCGAGAUCAAGGUCACACAGCGCUGGUUAUUAUUCUCCACCUCCAAAACAACAAAGGCGAUACUCUAGAUCGGUGUCACCUCAAGAGAGGAGGUAUAGCAAAGAGAAGUCAUUCUCACCUCGAUCAAGGAGCCGCAGCCAGACACCACCUCCAAGGAGGGCACCAAGUGAGGAGGGAAAUGGGGUUAGGAGGAGCAGGAGUCCCAGCAGAAGCCGCAGCCCACCACCGCCACCUAAAAGGAGCAGGAGCCCAGCAGAUGAUUACCCCAGGGACAGGGAGCUCAACGGAGGCGAUAGGUCCCCUAGCCCAUGA